AUGUCCUCUCCACAUCCAAGCCUUGCUCACCUUGGUCCUGCUGCUCUGUUCGGUCCUGUGAGUAGCAGCAGGGUGGUGGAGAAGGCAGCAGCAGCAGUUCCUAUCACUGCUAACAUGCAAGUUUCUGGGAUAUCCCUACAAUUGAAUCUGAAAUAUAGUGACGCCCCUCAGAAACUGGAGAGCUUUAAGGACCAUGUCCUCUUUGUCUUGAAACUAUAUGAUAUGAUUAAUCCAGAAAAGCUUUCAGUAUUUUCCCACUUCACAAAUGACCUAGGCUUAGAUAGUUUGGAACAAGUAGAAAUUCUAAUGGCCAUGGAAAAUGAAUUUAGGUUAAAAAUUCCUGUAAUAGAUACUGAAAAGUUAAUGUGUUCACAAGAAAUUGUAGAUUACAUUGAAGAUAAGAAAGAUAUGAUUCUCAAAUCAGCCAAUGCAGAUAUUACCUCUCAGCUGACACCCCCUUGCUCCCCACAUUCUUCAGUGCAGUGA